AUGAACAUGUGCAUAACACUAGGGACACCCGUGAGAGAUUAUAUGCUUGCAUUGAUUGCUCAAUUUAACGUGGCUGAGGUGCUAGGGGUUGAGAUUAAGACACAGAUUCAGGUUGACAUAGCUUUGGAAACUCUCCCUGAGAUGUUUUCCCAGUUCAAAGUGAAUUAUAAUAUGAAUAAGCUGAACAUGUCCUUGACCGAAUUAAUGAAAGAUCUCCAGAAUGCAAAAAGUGUUCUGAAGGCUAAGAUUGGAGAUGCUAUGGCUAUUUUUGCUGGGCCAUCCUCUUCCAAGCGGAAAGGCAAAUGA